AGUCGUAUUCGACCAUCAGAUGGAGCAGACGUUCCAGCUCCACCUACUCCUCGAUAUCCAAACAGUGUGUGUUGUGUCCAUUUUCGUGAUUUCCAAAGGCAAGAAAGGCCUGGAGAAAUUUCCUGUUUUUAUGAAUUGCCUUUUAUUAGUGCUGAAAACUGAAAAGUAAAAACUGAAAACUGACAAACAAUUUCUGAAAACAAGUGAACUUGCCGAUCAUUUGGCAUGUUCUACGCUAAUUUAUUGGCAAACAUCCACGUCCGAGUGCGAAACUGAAAAUUAUUGCCUCUAAGCUCUGAAAUCGCUUAGCAACAUCAGCUAGCCGAGGUGCAUUGGGAAAAGACAUCGCGUUGUCAUGCCUCAUCAUCAUCAAACGAACAGCCAGAACAAUUUGACAUUUCUAAAAUCGAAUUACAAAUUCAAGCGCAGAGACAUGCCGGCGAUCCGCGCACUUCCUGCCGCAAAAGCGGAAGCGCGUACACCAAACCAAUUAGCGGCAACAAUGUCAAAGACGUCAGCAGCAGUAGCAACAUCAGACACAUCUGAAGCGGCAACAGCAACACAACAACUGCCGACAGCUAUCAGCAGCGAAUGUAGAACAAUUCUAAGUUUAUUUAUAGUAAUCGCAUGGAACUUUUUGCAAGAAUCUUUGGUGGCCAAUUGCUGGUGGUUGUGGCUCAUUGAGGAUGACGAUCAAUAUGGCCGUGACGUCAAUGGGGGACAAGAUUGCUCAGACGAGGUGUCAAUGGCACGUGAACACCAACAAAAACAUCAGCAUCGGCAGGAGCAACACCAGCCAUCAGCACACCAGCAACAUCAGAAGCAGCAAUACAAACACGAACACUCAUCAAGUUCUAGUCCAAUGAAGAGCAUGCGUUGCACGACAACAGUAGCAGUACCAGUACCAGCAGAAGCACCACCGGCAGCAACAUCAGCAAACACAGUAGCAACAUCAGGGAGCCCAGCAGCAACAUCAUCUUCUGGCCAUCAGUCGCAGUCGCUAGUUGGACAGCCAUUGAUGGCUCUGUUAAUUGGAUUGCUGCUACUGAAUAUGCGCCUGGUGUCGGCUGGCACCUGCUGGCAAACACACCUGGGAAACGGCAAGUGCAGCCAAAUCUUUUCCACCAACAUGUCGAGGUCGGAGUGCUGUGGCACCAGGCCGGGAUUCUCCUACACAGAUCGGGAGCUGAGCAGCGUGGAGUAUUUCUUUGCCACGGCCAUUGGCGGGGGAGUCGAGUGUGCACCCUGCAUGGAGAGCUGCAAGGGCUUCGAGUGUGGGCCAAAUAGAAAGUGUGUGAAGCGCAAGGGGCGGCCAAAGUGCGUCUGUGCCCCGGAAUGCGGGGCAGCCUUGCGUCGCAAGCAGCAGCAACAGCCCCGCGAAUCACGUAGUCUAAGUAGUGAAAUUUCCAGCAUAAAUUUAGGUUUAGAUGGCGAUAAACGCCAACGUGGAAGCAGCAGCAGCAGCAGUGGCAUAGCUGAUAACCAAAGAAUUCAGAAGCAGCACGGGAAUGGGAAUCAUCAUAAGAAGGCAUUGGGCGAAACGAAGCACCGGAGACUUUUGAUCAUAGACAGCAGCAAUUUGCGAGAUCAGCCCACAAGCCCAAACGGUAGAUUUAGUGGCACAGGCGGAGGCGGUGGCAGUGGCGGACUCGGAGACGGACUUAGAGACAGAGAUAGAGGCGUCGGUGUCGGCGGUGGCCGUGUGGAAAUGAGGGGCUAUGAGAGGCACGGAUUGAGAAACAGGCCGCGAAACAGCCAUGGCAAACACUCGACAAGAUCAAUGACGACAGGAGCCAAUGACUCGUCCAAAGCAGACAAGACGCCUUCGCAGGCGACAGACCCAAUCUUGGCUCCAGUUCCAGCCUCAGUCUCAGUCUCAGUCUCAGAGGCAGCCACAGUUUUAGCUUCAGCUCAGUCAAAGUCUUCGUCUCAGUCUCCGUCUAGACGCAAGUUGGCAAAUGCUAAUGAACCCGCCAACAACAUCAAUAGACAGCAGCAGCAGCAACAGCAACAGUCGGAUAAUGCCAGAUUCAGACACCAGCAUGCCAGACGAAUUGUAAAUGCUCCACAUUCACAAUCACAAUCACAAUCGCAUUCACGUCCAAGUUCACAUCGGAACAAUGGUCAUCGGCGUAAACACCGCCAACAGCUCCUCAAGGAUCGCCCCAACGAAGCAACAUCAUCCGCAGAAGCCGCAACAGCAACAGCAGCAACCUCUGCGGUAAAUACCACACUGUCUGGGCAUUUUUAUCUGCAACACGGAAGCAAAAACACUGCGUCAUCGGACUUUGCUUAUGCCGAUGACUUGGCUUUUCUGGGCGGAAUUUACGAGCCAGUGUUGAUGCAGCAGCAACUACACUCAAAUCCGGUUUGCGGCUCCGACGGACGCACCUACAACACCGAGUGCCAGCUGCGCAAGCGCGCCUGCCGCACCAACAACGCCCAACUGGAGGUCGCCUAUCGUGGCAGUUGCAAGACAACCUGUAGUGGAGUACAGUGCCUGAAUGGCUUGACCUGUGUGGAGGAUCAGAAUAUGACACCACAUUGCAUCGCCUGCCAAAUAGAGUGUCCCGAGGACGACCUGGAUGCGGACAACUAUGAUGGCAAGCAGGCUGUUUGCGGGGUGGAUGGGCAGACAUAUAGGAGCGUUUGUGAUAUAAAUCGGAUGAUUUGCAAAAUUGGACGUUCCAUUGCCGUGGCAUAUCCGGGACCCUGUCGAGCCGGCCGCGUUAGUUGUGCGGACAUCAGGUGUGGACCGAAGGAUACCUGCCUGGUGGACUUCCAGACACGGAUGCCGCGGUGCGUGUCCUGCCGCUACAAGUGCCCCAGGAAACAGCAGCGACCGACCCAGAAAAUAUGCGGCCACAAUAACCACACGUACAACUCGUGGUGCGAGAUGCAUCAGCACUCCUGUGAGUCCCGGUACUUCAUUGGGGUAAAGUCCGCAGGCAGUUGUUAGGAGGGAUAUUUUAAACAAAUAGCAUGCAUAUGUAGUCCGGGGCGCGCAACUCUCGUGUUCUUCCGUAGUUCCAACAUCCAAAGAUUCUCGUUGUGCGUGGAUGGGCCUUAGGCUGUUGCCAACCAACCAACAACCUUACGCUACAUAAUAUUGGAUACAUUUAACAUAUGGCAAAGUAUUAUCAACCAUACAACAUAACCAGCGCAUGUAUCGCAAGAGAAACCACAUAUCUUAAGAGGCUUUUGAAUUUAACAUUAUCAUAGGCUACACGAUAAUUAAUUUAAACAAUUGGUUUGAAUGCGCAUUUCGUUCGCAUUUAGUUUAUAGACACACCUAUACGCGACGUCAUAUUUAUUUAACAUAAUCUCUAUUCUGUAUUCUGACGUUCAUAAGCGAAGCUAAAUUAAUUAAUUGACUGAUAGCUUAACCUUAUAGAAAGAUUUUAAUUAAUAUAUAUAUAUACAUAGAAUCUAAAUGUAUAUACACACUUACAAUUAUAAACACACACACACACUUAUGAAUAUGUUUGAGUAAUUGUUAAUUAAAUGUGUUUCCAACUUAA